GACUAGGUAUGCACUAAUCUCUCUCUUGCUGUAAACCUACCAAGGGAAGCCAAUAUGCUAUGCCCUUAUCCUAUUUUUUUCCCACUGAAUAAAUACCAAUUUAUAGCAUUAAUGACAGCUGGAAGUUGAAACUAUACAAUCAAAUCAAGAAAGAUGAAAUUCAUGUCAUGGAAUUUUGUUGGUUAGCAUGCAUGGAUCUAUCCUUUUUAUCAGACCUUCUGUGUAAUACGAGGGUUAUGCCUGCGAUUGUCCAUAAUAUGGUCUGGACACCAUAUAUUUGUUCAUGAACACCAAAAAAGAUAAAAUCCCUUGAAUGUGGAAUUCAGUUUUUGUGCUGGUAGUUGAUAAAAACAUGCUGUCUCAAAGCAUAGAUGUUUUGAAAAAUGAGCUUCCUUUCGAGCAAGAGUCUGGUUUUGCCGGGGGAUGAUGUAGCUGCUCUUGCUCUUGUGGAUAUCAUCAAUGGUUUUUGCAGUACUGGUGCUGGAAAUCUGGCUCCGAGAGAACCCAACAGGCAGAUUACAGGAAUGAUCAAUGAAUCAGCAAGGCUGGCCAGGUUGUUCUGUGACAAGAAACUGCCUGUUCUGGCAUUCCUUGAUUCUCAUCAACCUAACAAGCCUGAGGAACCGUACCCCCCUCAUUGUAUUGCUGGCACGGAUGAAUCCAAGCUGGUUCCUGCACUGCAAUGGAUAGAGAAUGAACCAAAUGUCACAAUCCGACGCAAAGAUUGCUUUGAUGGGUUCUUGGGCUCGGUCGAGGAUGAUGGCUCCAAUGUUUUCGUAGAUUGGGUGAAGAACAAUCAUAUAAAAGCUAUAUUGGUGGUGGGCAUAUGCACAGACAUCUGUGUUCUGGAUUUUGUCUGUUCAACAAUAUCUGCCAGAAACCGUGGAUUUCUAGCCCCUCUGGAGGAUGUAAUAGUGUAUUCCCGUGGCUGUGCUACCUUCGAUGUUCCUCUUCAUGUUGCAAGAAACACCAAAGGUGCCUUAUCUCAUCCCCAGGAGCUGAUGCAUCAUAUGGGCCUUUACAUGGCAAAGGAAAGGGGAGCCAUAAUAGCAAAUGAGGUGUCACUGGUUACACCAAAGAAACCAUGAAUCCCAUCACCUCACCUCUAGUUAGCAACAAUGGAGGUGGUGUUCGGAGCCUGUACAAUCUCAUGUGAUUAGCUAUUAGCAGACCAUGCCUCUAUUUCUUCUACACAAUAUAAUAAUAUAUGUACCUAAAGAGUUUUUCUGAACAAAAAUUUAAUGCUUUUUUAAAAGAAAAA